CCUCCUUCCCCAGGCUGUGGGGGUCGCGGCCGCGCUUCCGACCAACCUUGGGGAAGUUGGCUUUUCCGGCUUUGUGCCUCCGGGUAAGAAGUGGAUUUAUUUAGAGAGAAACACACUCCACAGACAAGAGUGUAGGCCAUCUCAGAAGGUACAGGACUUCCCUGGUGCAGUGAUUAAGAAGCCGCCAGCCAAUGCAGGGGACGUGGGUUCGAGCCCAGGUCCGGGAAGACUCCACAUGCCACAGAGCAACUAAGCACGUGCACCACAACUACUGAGCCUGAGCUCUAGAGCCCACAAGCCACAACUACUGAGCCCACAUACCACAACUACUGAAGCCCGUGCACCUAGAGCCCAUGCUCCGCAACAAGAGAAGCCACUGCAAUGAGAAGCCCACACACCGCAAGGAAGAGUAGCCUCCACUCGCCGCAACUAGAAAAAGUCCGUGUGCAGCAAUGAAGACCCAAUGCAGCCAUAAGAUCUGUAUGUGUAUCAAGAUGCUCUGAAGAAUAGCAACUACGCUUAGGAUUGUCUACUGUUACAAAAUGACUAAAACGAAUUCUAGCAUCUUCCAUUUUGCCAUCAUCUUCAUAUUAAUACUUGAGAUCAGAACCCAGUUAUCUGAUGAAAGUGAAUUUUUAGUUGACAGAUCAAAAACAGGUCUUACCCAUGUUCCCAAAGACCUAUCCCUGAACACAACAAUCUUAGAUAUAUCACAAAACUACAUUUCUGAACUUCGGACUUCUGACAUCAUAUCACUAUCAAAGCUGAAGAUUUUGAUAAUUUCUCAUAAUAGAAUCCAGUAUCUUGACAUGAGUGUUUUCAAAUUUAACCAGGAACUGGAAUACUUGGAUUUGUCCCACAACAAGCUGGAGAAGAUUUCCUGCCACCCUACUCUGAACCUCAAACACUUAGACCUCUCAUUUAAUGCAUUUGAUGCUCUGCCCAUAUGCCAAGAGCUUGGCAACAUGUCUCAACUAGAAUUUCUGGGGUUGAGUGCCACACAGUUACAAAAAUCCAGCAUGCUGCCGAUUGCUUAUUUGCACAUCAGUAAGGUUUUACUGGUCUUAGGAGACACAUAUGGGGAAAAAGAAGACCCUGAGAGCCUCCGAGACCUUAACACCCAGAGUCUGCACAUAGUUUUCCCCACAAGAAAUGAAUUCCAUUUUAUUUUGGAUGUGUCAGUUAGUACCGCCGUAAGUCUGGAACUGUCUAAUAUCAAAUGUGUGCCAGAUAAUAAUGGGUGUUCUUCUUUCCAAAAUGUUCUGUCAAAACUUCAAAAGAAUUCAAGGUUAUCAAAUCUUACUUUAAGCAACAUUGAAACAACUUGGAAUUUCUUCAUUAUGAUCCUCCAAUUGGUUUGGCAUACAAACAUCAAGUAUUUCUCAAUUUCAAAUGUGAAACUACAAGGUCACGUUGACUUCAGAGAUUUUGAUUAUUCUGGUACUUCACUGAAGGCCUUAUCUAUACACCAAGUUGUCAAUGAUGUGUUCAGUCUUCCACAAGGUUAUAUCUAUAAAAUCCUUUCAAAUAUGAACAUCCAGCAUCUCACAGUGUCUGCUGCACACAUGGUCCACAUGGUCUGCCCAUCCCAAAUUAGCCCACUUCUGUAUUUGAAUUUUUCCAACAAUCUCUUAACAGACAUGGUUUUUAAAAACUGUGCAAACCUGGCUAAUUUGAAGAUACUCAGUUUACAAAUGAAUCAGUUAAAAGAACUCGCAAAUAUAGUUCAUAUGACCAAGGAGAUGAAGUCUCUACAACAAUUGGAUGUUAGCCAGAAUUCCCUAAAGUAUGAUGAAAGUGAAGGAAAUUGCCCUUGGACCAGAAGUUUAUUAAAUUUAAAUAUGUCUUCAAAUAUACUUACUGACUCUGUUUUCAGAUGUUUACCUCCCAGGGUCAAGGUUCUUGAUCUCCACAGUAACAGAAUAAGGAGCAUCCCUAAAGAUGUCACCAGUCUAGAAACUUUGCAAGAACUCAAUGUUGCUUCCAAUUCUUUAGCCCACCUUCCUGGAUGUGGUACCUUUAGCAGCCUUUCCAUACUGAUCAUUGACUAUAAUUCAGUCUCCAACCCAUCAGCUGAUUUCUUCCAGAGCUGCCAGAAGAUUAGGUCCCUAAAAGCAGGGAACAAUCCAUUCCAAUGUACCUGUGAGUUAAGAGACUUUAUCCAAAGUGUAGAACAAGUAUCAAGUGAAGUGGUAGAGGGUUGGCCUGAUUCUUAUAAGUGUGAUUAUCCAGAAAGCUAUAAGGGAACCCCACUAAAGGACUUCCAUGUAUCUCAAUUAUCCUGCAACACAGCUCUGCUGAUUGUCACCAUUGGGGUCCCUGGGCUAGUGUUGGCUGUUACCGUGACUGUCCUCUGUAUCUACUUGGAUCUGCCCUGGUAUCUCAGGAUGGUGUGUCAGUGGACCCAGACCCGGCGCAGGGCUAGGAAUGUACCCUUAGAAGAACUCCAAAGAACUGUCCAGUUCCAUGCUUUUAUUUCAUAUAGUGGGCAUGAUUCUGCCUGGGUGAAGAAUGAGUUAAUACCAAACCUAGAAAAAGAAGAUAUAAGAAUUUGUCUCCAUGAGAGAAACUUUGUUCCUGGCAAGAGCAUCAUGGAAAAUAUCAUAAACUGCAUUGAGAAAAGUUACAAGUCCAUCUUUGUUUUGUCUCCCAACUUUGUCCAGAGUGAGUGGUGCCAUUAUGAACUCUACUUUGCCCAUCACAAUCUCUUCAAUGAAGGAUCUAAUAACUUAAUCCUGAUCUUGCUGGAUCCCAUUCCACAGUAUUCUGUUCCUAGCAGCUAUCACAAGCUCAAAGCUCUCAUGGCACAAAGAACGUAUUUGGAAUGGCCCAAGGAGAAGAGCAAACAUGGACUUUUUUGGGCUAAUCUAAGAGCAUCCAUUAAUAUUAAACUGAUGGACAAAGCAAAAGAAAUAAGUCACACACAAAUCUAAAAAUAUUCCUCUGCUGCAUUCGGAAAAAAUGUUGGUGCUUUUGGAAGCUCCAGCAAUGACUUUAUUUUGCAUCAAUAUAGAUAUAAACAUGAUUCUGAAUUUAGGAUGUAAAUAAAAAUGUGUAUGUCCUUUCAGGCCCCAGUUCCCCAUAUAUAUGUGGUAAUAA